AAAUGGAUAAGUCUGUGGGGAGGGUGAGAAGAAAUUGUGCCCUCAUUGAUAGUCCCCUAAGAACUUCCAUCGUGGGAGAGAACUAGAGAUCAAGGAAGGAUCCCUCCCCCCCCAUCAAGCUUCCCCUCUAAUUUGGGGGUGACCCCCGGAGUGCAUCGCUAUGCAAUAAUGUUGGGGAAGAGGGAAAUAGCGGAAGUCCAAGGUUCCGCGUUGCCCUUUUAAGCGCCCUCCAACCCCCCAACCCCACCGCCUUAAGGUGUCCGCAGCCCCUUUAAGGCGCAGGGCAUUGUGGGUGCGGGGAGUGGAAUUUUGGAACGAAAUGUAGCGAAGAGAAGUACAGUAGUAAGAGUAACAUUGUAGCCGCCGCCGGCCGAGGGGCGCGCCGGGGAGGGGACGCUGCAUCUCCUUUCUGCCGCAGGGAGCCCUCGAUCAGCCCCCCAGCGGGAGGAGGCGCCCGAGGACCCGCCCCGGCCCUGUCCACGUUCCCCCCCAGGAAGCCGGACUCUAUGGGGCGGGACCCUGGGGGAGACUGAGCAGAACCUGGAGCGAGCCCUGAACCCCUGAACCUCGAGCCAGGGGCGCCCCGGGAGCACCUACCCCGUGGGCGCUCCGCCCGCCCGCCCGCCGAGCAGCCAUGAGUGAGACGGUUGUGUGCUCCAGCCGGGCCACUGUGAUGCUCUAUGAUGACAGCAACAAGCGAUGGCUGCCUGCCGGCACGGGCCCCCAGGCCUUCAGCCGUGUGCAGAUCUAUCACAACCCCACCGCCAACUCCUUCCGGGUGGUCGGCCGGAAGAUACAGCCAGACCAGCAGGUGGUCAUCAACUGUGCCAUCGUCCGGGGUGUCAAGUAUAACCAGGCUACCCCCAACUUCCACCAGUGGCGUGAUGCCCGCCAGGUCUGGGGCCUCAACUUUGGCAGCAAGGAGGACGCAACACAGUUUGCCGCCGGCAUGGCCAGCGCCCUAGAGGCAUUGGAAGGAGGUGGGCCUCCGCCACCGCCGCCACCUGCCGCACCUCCCACCUGGUCUGUCCAGAACGGCCCCUCCCCAGAGGAGAUGGAGCAACAGAAAAGGCAGCAGCAGUUGGAGCUCGCAGAGCGGGAGCGCAGGGCCUCCACCUCAGGAGGCCCACCUGCUCCCCCAGCUGGGGGACCACCCCCACCUCCGGGACCUCCCCCUCCUCCGGGUCCCCCUCCACCCCCUGGUCUCUCCUCCUCGGGGGUCUCAGCUGCGGGGCCUGGAGCAGGGGGAGGCCCACCCCCUGCGCCCCCUCUCCCCACAGCACAAGGCCCCAGUGGUGGAGGGACUGGGGCCCCUGGCCUGGCUGCAGCCAUUGCCGGAGCCAAACUCAGGAAAGUCAGCAAGCAGGAGGAGGCCUCAGGGCCUCCCAUGGCCCCCAAAGCUGAGAGCAGUCGAAGCACAGGCGGGGGGCUCAUGGAAGAGAUGAACGCCAUGCUGGCCCGGAGAAGGAAAGCCACACAAGUUGGGGAGAAACCCGCCAAGGAUGAAUCUGCCAAUGAGGAGCCAGAGGCCAGAGUCCCAGCCCACAGCGAAUCUGUGCGGAGACCCUGGGAGAAGAACAGCACAACCUUGCCAAGGAUGAAGUCGUCGUCUUCUUCAGUGACCACUUCCGAGGCCCACCCCUCUACGCCCAGUUCCAGUGAUGAGUCAGACCUGGAGAGGGUGAAACAGGAGCUUCUGGAAGAGGUGAGGAAGGAAUUGCAGAAAGUGAAAGAGGAAAUAAUUGAAGCCUUUGUCCAGGAGCUGAGGAAGCGCGGUUCCCCCUGACCACAGGGCCUCAGAAGAUCCAGUUUCUCCUUUCCGCACACCCCUUUCGCCUGUCACCCUGCUUUCCCUGCCUCGACUUGACUUGGAAUUGGCUGAAGACUACACAGGAAUGCGUCUUCCCCGCUCCCUAUCUCACUUGAAAAAUUCCAAGGGGGUGUGGCUUCCCUGGCACCAUGCCCACACCCAUACUGGCUGCUGAUUGGCUGGGGAGGCCCCCACCCUUUGCUCCCUUUGGUCCUUCCCCUCUGCCAUCCCCUUGGGGCUGGUUCCUCUGCUGGGGAUGUACCAAUUAACCCCACAGUAAGGGGGAAGGAAGGAGGGAAUUUCACAUUCCCUUGUUCUAGAUUCACUUUAAUGCUUAAUGCCUUUGAAGUUUUGUUUUUUAAGAAAAAAAAAGUAUAUAUAUAUAUUUAGGUUGGGGGGAGGAAAUUUUUUUUCUCUUUGGUUUUGAUAAAAUGGGGUGUGGGGAGUUUUUAAAUGCUGUGCCCCAGGCUUGUCCCAUUUGGGACAGCUGUUUAAGGGAGGGGUUGUCCCAUCAGGCUGGGGGUGCCUCCCCCCCACCCCAGGGACCUCCCUUCCCUCUGGCUCCUUCCCCUUUUCUAUGAGGAAUUAAGAUGCUGUAACUUUUUGGAACCUCAGUUUUUUGGUUUUUUAUUUGGGUAGGUUUUGGGGUCCAGGCCAUUUUUACCCCCUGGGGAAAAAAAAAGAUGAGGGGGAAAGGAAAAGGGGAGGAAACCUCUCCUCUCCCACCUUCACCUUUAGCUUCUUGAAAAUGGGCCCCUGCGGAAUAAAUCUGCCAGUUUUUAUAAA